GGAGGAGUAAAACUUUACCGUCAAUAUUUAAUAAGUUUAACCGGUGUAGCUACCACUCUGUGGGAUAAUAUGGUGUGCAUGCGAGACGUAGGUUUAGUCAAACCUUUGCAGAGUGGUUUACUCUGCAGGUUUGUAGUUUUAGUCGUUUUUAUAAGCGUUAACCUGCCUGUUUCUGAGAGUGUAGGAAUCAGUCCAGAGAGAUGUCUCAUCUGGGGUCCAGGUCUGAACCCAGACAUAGUUCUACCCGUCCGCUACUUCUUCAUUCAGGCAGUCAACUCUAAAGGAGAAAACCUGACUCUAUCUCCAGGUAAAGACACAUUUAAAGUGAAGAUAACCUCCCAGGACAAGAAUGAACACCUCCGUGUCCAUGUCCCUCCACCUCUGGACAGAGGAGACGGCUCCUUCUUGAUGAGGUACCGGCUGUAUGGGACUGCGCUCAGAGGCCUCACAGUCCAGGUCCUCCACCAAGAUGCUGCUGUUGCCAAGUCACCCUACACUGUGCCAGGUCCAGUCUAUCAUGAAUACUGUGACUGUCCUGAAGCGGACGCCUCCGUCUGGCAGAGCGUCAUGCAGUGUCCCGCCGAGGAGCCUCAGAUGCUGGCCGACUUUAAAUCUUUUCCGGUGGUCGACCUGCAGCAGCUCAGACAGGAAGUGGCUCCGAGAUUCGCCAAUAGAGGAGGUAUCAUUCACUACGCCAUCAUCGACAACCAGCUGUACCGCCGCACGCUGGGAAAAUACACCGACUUCAAGAUGUUCUCGGAUGAAAUACUGCAGUCUCUGACCAGGAAGGUGAGGGUGCCCGAUGUGGAGUUUUACGUCAAUGUUGGUGACUGGCCAUUAGAGACCAGGAGAGCAGAUUCUAGUCCCGGGCCUGUUCCAAUCUUUUCCUGGUGUGGCUCUACAGAGACACGAGAUAUUGUCCUCCCCACCUAUGAGGUCACACACUCUACUCUGGAGACCAUGAGAGGUGUCACUAAUGAUCUGCUGUCUAUCCAAGGCAAUACAGGGCCUCCUUGGGCCACCAAAACAGAUCGGGCAUUUUUUCGUGGUCGGGACAGUCGAGAGGAGCGUCUUCAGCUUGUCUCUAUGUCCAAGAAAAACCCUGAGCUGCUGGAUGCCGGAAUCACCGGAUGGUUCUUUUUCCGAGACAGGGAGAAACAUAUCGGCAAGACACCGCUUGUUGGAUUCUUUGACUUCUUUAAGUACAAGUACCAAGUGAAUGUGGAUGGAACGGUGGCAGCGUAUCGGUUUCCUUACUUGAUGCUCGGGAACAGUUUGGUUCUGAAGCAGGACUCUCAGUAUUAUGAACAUUUCUAUAGCCAUCUCAAAGCUGGCACUCAUUACAUACCUGUGAAGAGAAACCUGUCAGACCUGAUGGAGAAAAUCAAAUGGGCCAAAGAGAACGACGCCGAGGCACACGAGAUUGCCAGAGCGGGUCAGGCGGCAGCCAGAGAACUGAUGCAGCCCAGCAGACUCUACUGUUACUACUACAAAGUGCUGCACAUGUACUCAGAGCGGCAGACAGGACAGCCAACACGACAUGAAGACAUGGUGCCGGUGCCUCAGCCGGACGACAACACUGCUGUGUGCACAUGUGAGCGUAAAAGCCACAAAGAAGAAACGGUUGUGAAGGAUGAACUAUGAUGGACAGUCUUUAGUCUUUAAUGAAUGUCAUUUCUUUCUCAAACAUUCCUGACAUGGAAGGAAAAUGUGAAUUUCACUGAUAACCAUGUUACACUGCUUUCAUCUUGGACAGUAGAGAUACUUUCAGGAUGUCUCUGAAAUUGUAAUUCACAUUAUAAAAAAAUCGUACAGUAUUUUGUGUUGUUUUUGUACCCUUUGUAAAGUUCUCGUUAGUCAUGCAAGAAACUGCAGAUACAAUUACUGUUUUGUAAAUGUGCCUUGGAUAUUUUUUAAUGCAAUUUUAUCUUAAAAUAAAUACAUGUGAAAUAAAUCUUAUUUUUGGUAGUUUACUGGGAAGUCCUUAUUGAACAUAAGAGAACCUUCAUUUUGGGUUUUUCCUGCAAUCACUUAGCCAAUGUGACAUGAAUAGCAUCUUACCUGCUAAUGUGAAGUGUGGCAAUAUUGAUGUCAAAUUUAUCAAGCACAUGUCCAUGUAUCAUACGAUAAGUCCAUUUUAUAGCCCUCUUACAAACGUUUAGUUUAGUUGUAGUUUGGUAUUCAGAUCGGAUCAAAAAGUCAGUCAGGAACAAUUUACCUCCUUCAUUUUUACGCGCAGGAAAAAUAUUUUUUCAAUUCAAAUCUUUUAUCAAAAUCAAAACACAACACCACAGUAAUCCACAUAAGAACAACUAUGUUAAUAUUCAAAUUACCUAAAUAUUGUGACAGUAGUUGCAAUUUACAUUCAAAUAUUUAGAUGUAUUUCACUGGUGCUUUUGUUAAUGAAUGAUAAAAACAAAUAUAUCUUCUUUGUGUACUUUCGUUCCCCCUCUCUGUAUUUGGGAACAUUUACACUUAAUUUAAGAAGACAGCAAAUUACUGGUGUCACUAAUGAAACUGAGCAGCAAAAGUUUUGUAACCCUCUCCAAGUUUAAAAAAAAAAUAUCUAUAUCAUAGAUUUCCAUCCAAUUAUGUCUGUUAGCCUCGGUGUAAAUAAAAUGGUUUGUUUCUUAGCUACUGUACCCCAAACGUAACAUGCCACCCACUUUCCUUACAGAAACAGUACAUUCAUUGUAAUUUUUAAAAGUAAAGCAGUCAAAAGUAUUCAUUUUGGACAAGUGUUUGCCCUCCUCCCAACUGUAGAAUAGUCUAUGCUAAAGUGUUGCUGAAGCUACUCAGUGUUAGUUAAUAUGCACCACAUCACUGAGAACGAAGCACCAACUCAGAUCACAUUUACAUGUUGUUUAGGCACAGGGAGACUUACAUGUAAAUGUUUGCACUGAAAUGUGUCAAGUCAUUCUUUGGUUUGGUCUCUGAAGAACACCUCUUCUUUCACCUGGGGUUUGUUUGAUAUGCAGAUAAAUACAGUGACCUAUUAUCAUCAGGUGAACUCUUCCUUUAAGGUUUACAUCUUGGAUUAAAGCACAAUGGUUUGUACAGUUCAGUUCUGUCCUCCAUGAAACUGUAAAAGGAUGCUGAAUUUUGCUAUAAAUCACAUUUAAUAGACCUUUUUUCAUAUUUGACGUAUCGUACCUGGAAAAGCACAGGUGUAACUAAUGUCAUUCACAAUGACUCCGUUCUAUUUACAUGCAGCAGUAAGUUGUACAAGCAAGCAGCCUUGAAAAAAAGUGCAGACAUAAUUUAUUAGUUACCUGUGUUUGGCUAAAUGUCCACUAUGAGAAGGUUUUGUUAAGAAAAAUUUGGAUAAACUGAUUUUAAAGGGAAUCCUUGUCCAUAUAUCUAUUUGAAGGGUGUUUACUUGAACAUACUUAAAAGAUAAUUACACGUAUUUUAACUGUAUAACUUCCCUUGUUUUUUUGCCAUCAUGUUGUUCAGAGUAAAAUACCCAUGGUCAAAUUCACACUGUAGAACACAAUGUCUAACAGUCAAAUCCAAACCCCACUAAAACUCUUUAUCUUUGAAAUGGACCAACCCAAACAGUGUAAAACCCUGCAGGUCUGUGUGUUGGUUUUUAUCUGUUCAUAACCUUUUGAAAAACAGGAUUUUAAGUAAAC